AUGCUCAAGUGCAUCCCGCUCUGGCGCUGCAACCGGCACGUGGAGUCGGUGGACAAGCGGCACUGCUCGCUGCAGGCCGUGCCCGAGGAAAUCUACCGCUACAGCCGCAGCCUGGAGGAGCUGCUCCUGGACGCCAACCAGCUGCGCGAGCUGCCCAAGCCCUUCUUUCGGCUGUUGAAUCUGCGCAAACUGGGCCUGAGUGACAACGAGAUCCAGCGCUUGCCACCUGAGGUGGCCAACUUCAUGCAGUUGGUGGAGCUGGACGUGUCCCGGAACGACAUCCCUGAGAUCCCUGAGAGCAUCAAGUUCUGCAAGGCACUGGAGAUUGCAGAUUUCAGUGGAAAUCCAUUGUCCAGACUUCCCGAGGGCUUCACUCAGCUGCGCAGCCUGGCUCACUUGGCUCUGAACGAUGUAUCCCUGCAGGCGCUGCCUGGGGACGUGGGCAACCUUGCCAACCUGGUGACUCUGGAACUCCGGGAGAACCUGCUCAAGUCCCUGCCUGCGUCCCUGUCUUUCCUGGUCAAGCUGGAACAGCUGGAUCUGGGAGGCAACGAUCUGGAAGUGCUGCCCGACACCCUGGGGGCUUUGCCCAAUCUUCGGGAGCUGUGGCUGGACCGGAACCAGCUGUCGUCACUGCCUCCGGAGCUUGGGAACCUGCGGCGCCUGGUGUGUCUAGAUGUGUCGGAGAACCGGCUGGAGGCGCUGCCUGCAGAGCUGGGGGGACUAGCGCUCCUCACAGACCUGCUUCUGUCUCAGAACCUGCUGCAGCGGCUUCCUGAUGGCAUUGGUCAGCUGAAGCAGCUGUCCAUUCUGAAGGUGGACCAGAACCGCCUAUGUGAAGUGACGGAGGCCAUUGGGGACUGUGAGAACCUGUCUGAGUUGAUCCUCACUGAGAACCUGCUGACGGCUCUGCCUCACUCUCUCGGGAAGCUGACCAAGCUGACCAACCUCAACGUGGACCGGAACCGCCUGGAGGUGUUGCCACCUGAGAUUGGAGGCUGUGUGGCACUCAGUGUCCUGUCCUUGAGGGACAACCGCCUGGCCAUCUUGCCACCUGAGCUCGCCCACACAGCUGAGCUGCACGUGCUGGAUGUAGCCGGGAACCGGCUGCAGAGUCUGCCGUUCGCACUCACCCACCUCAACCUGAAGGCCCUGUGGCUGGCUGAGAACCAGGCGCAGCCCAUGCUCCGGUUCCAGACUGAGGAUGAUGCCCAGACUGGCGAGAAAGUGCUCACCUGCUACCUGCUGCCCCAGCAGCCCCCGCCCAGCCUCGAGGGCCCGGGGCAGCGGAGCAGCCCCUCUGAGAGCUGGAGCGACACCCCACUCAGCCGCGUCAGCGUCAUCAAGUUUCUGGGGGCCCCCAUGAGCGAUGAGGAUGCUGAGGAGGCCGCUGCUGAAAAGCGGGGUCUGCAGCGUCGGGCCACGCCUCAUCCCAGUGAGCUCAAGGUGAUGAAGAGGGGCGUGGAGGAGCGACGCAGCGAAGCCUCCCGCAGGCCUGACCCUGGGCUGCCCUCACCCUCGGAGGAGGAGAAGAGGCUGAGCGCUGGGUCUGGUCUGAGUGAGGACUCACAUCUGUCCACCAGUACAGCCUCCCAGGGUGAGCCCGAGGGCCUGCCAUCUGAGGCCGAGGGGCUGAGUCUGCAGGAAGCCACGCCAGCUGCCCAGGAAGAGGCUGAAGAGGAGAUCUAUGAGGAGCCCACAGUGCGAUUUGCAGAGGACACCCUGCUGCCGCCGGGGGAAGAUGGAGAGAGCGAGGAGGGGCCGCUGGAGGCCCCCUGGGCCCUGCCUGUGGGGAGGCAGCGGCUCACCCGGAAGGACACGCCCCAUUAUAAGAAGCAGUUCAAGGUCUCCAAGCUGCCCCAACCUGAGGCCGUCGUGGCCCUGCUGCAGGGGGCACAGCCAGACAGCGAGGGCCCCACGGGGCUUGGGAGCUGGCACAAUGGCCCGCACACGCCCUGGGCCCCUCGGGCCGAGAACGAGGGGGACGAGGAGGACGAGGAGGAGGCAGAGGCUGUGGCAGAGGAGGAGGAGGAGAAGGAGGAGGCCGUGGCCUCUGUGCCCUCUGUCAAGGGGGUGUCGUUUGACCAGGCCAAUAACCUGCUGAUAGAGCCCGCUCGCAUUGAGGAAGAAGAGCUGACACUGACCAUUGUGAGGCAGACGGGGGGCCUGGGCAUCAGCAUCGCCGGUGGCAAGGGCUCCACCCCCUACAAGGGAGAUGACGAGGGCAUAUUCAUCUCUCGGGUAUCCGAAGAGGGCCCCGCAGCCCGGGCUGGAGUCCGAGUGGGUGACAAGCUCCUUGAGGUGAACGGCGUGGCCUUGCACAGUGCCGAGCACCACCAGGCUGUGGAGGCGCUGCGGGGCGCAGGUGCCACCGUGCAGAUGCGGCUGUGGCGGGAGCGCAUGGUGGAGCCUGAGAAUGCGGUCACCGUCACGCCUCUGCGCCCCGAGGACGACUACAGCCCCCGGGAGCGGAGGUGUGGCAGCCUGCGCCUGCCCCAGCCCGAGGCCCCCGGGCCUCUGCGGCAGCGCCACGUGGCCUGCCUGGUGCGCAGUGAGAAGGGGCUGGGCUUCAGCAUCGCCGGCGGGAAAGGCUCCACACCCUACCGGGCUGGCGACGGGGGCAUCUUCAUCUCUCGGAUCGCUGAGGGGGGCGCUGCUCACCGGGCAGGCACUCUGCAGGUCGGCGACCGUGUCCUCUCGAUCAACGGGGUAGACAUGACAGAGGCCAGGCACGACCACGCCGUCUCUCUGCUGACCGCUGCCUCCCCCACCAUAGCCCUGCUGCUGGAGCGGGAAGCCGGGGGUCCCCUUUCACCGAGCCCCCCGCCACACUCUCCCCCGCCCCCCUCUGCCACCACCACUGUGGUCACUGCCACACCUGGGGAUCCUGGGCCACUGAGGCUAGCCCCCAGCCUGCUUGCCACUGCACUGGAGGGGCCGUAUCCAGUGGAGGAGAUCUGCCUGCCAAGAGCCGGGGGCCCACUGGGACUCAGCAUCGUUGGGGGCUCUGACCACUCCAGCCACCCAUUUGGAGUUCAGGAGCCUGGUGUGUUCAUCUCCAAGGUGCUCCCUCGGGGUCUGGCAGCGAGAAGUGGCCUGCGGGUUGGUGACCGCAUCCUCGCAGUGAACGGGCAGGAUGUGAGGGAGGCCACACACCAGGAGGCAGUCAGCGCCUUGCUGCGGCCCUGCCUGGAGCUGGUCCUGCUGGUGCGGAGGGAUCCUCCGCCUCCAGGCCUGCGGGAGCUCUGUAUCCAGAAGGCCCCCGGGGAGAAGCUGGGCAUUAGCAUCCGUGGGGGUGCCAAAGGCCACGCAGGCAACCCCAGUGACCCCACUGACGAGGGCAUCUUUAUCUCUAAGGUGAGCCCGGCGGGAGCAGCCGGGCGUGAUGGCCGCCUUCGAGUGGGGCUGCGGCUGCUGGAGGUGAACCAGCAGAGCCUGCUUGGCCUCACACAUGCUGAGGCUGUGCAGCUGCUGCGCGGUGCCGGCGACACCCUCACCGUGCUCGUGUGCGACGGCUUCACCAGCGCCGCCCCUGCCGAGGUGUCCCCGGGCGUCAUCGCCAACCCCUUUGCGGCAGGCGUCGGCCGCAGGAACAGCCUGGAAAGCAUCUCCUCCAUCGACCGGGAGCUGAGCCCCGAGGGCCCCGCUAAGGAGAAGGAGCUGCCUGGACAGACGCUGCAGUGGGGACCAGAGACCACAGUACCAACUGGGGCCACUGGAGGGAAAAUGGCUGAGGCCCCUUGCUCCCCUGGCCUCCAGCAGACAAAACCUGGGAUGAUCCAGCCACUGGCUCAGGCCUGGCCAAGGGACUCCCUGAGCCUGGGAAGCAGAGGCGAGUCCCGCUCUCCCCCCUCGCCCCACUCCUCGGAGGAGCUGCUCUCCGACGUGAAGCGGGCCUACAGGACCUUCGCUGCUGUGCCAGCCCCGCACCCCCCCCAGGACACAAUUGCCCAACUCUCUGCGCCUGCGCCCACUGCCUCCCCGGAGCAGCUGUCCUUCAGAGAACGGCAGAAGUACUUUGAGCUGGAGGUGAGGGUGCCCCCGGCCGAGGGCCCCCCCAAGCGUGUGUCACUGGUGGGUGCGGAUGACUUGAGGAAGAUGCAGGAAGAAGAAGCCCGAAAACUACAGCAGAAGAGGGCACAGAUGCUGCGGGAGGUGGCAGACGCGGGGCUCGCCCUGGAUGGGGAGGCCCAGGACAACGAGGAGCCGGAGGAGGGACCGCCUCCCUGGGCCAGCAGCCCUGCCGCAGGGCUCCUCCCCGAGUCCCCUCCACCCCUGGGAAGACUCCCGGCGUCCCCUCCGCUCCUGGGAAGCAGCGCCCCAGUGCGGACGGCCAAAGCUGAGCGGCGCCAUCAGGAGCGGCUGCGCGUGCAGAGCCCGGAGCUGCCUGUGCCAGAGCGGGCCCUGUCCCCUGCGGAGCGCCGCGCCCUGGAGGCGGAGAAGCGGGCCCUGUGGAGGGCCGCCAGGAUGAAGUCCCUGGAGCAGGACGCUCUCCGUGCACAGAUGGUUCUCAGCAAGUCCCAGGACGGCCGGAGCAAACGUGGGCCACUGGAGCGGUUAGCCGAGGCCCCCUCGCCAGCACCCACCCCUUUGGAAGACCUCAGCCCCCAGACCAGCAGCUCGCCUGGACGUCUGGCCUUGUCUGGGAGGAAGUUCGACUACAGGGUGUUCGCCGCCCUCCCUUCUUGCAGACCUGUCUGUGACAUGCAGUCUCCAGAUUUCGCUGAGGAGCUGAGGUCCUUGGAACCAUCUCCCAGCCCCGGCCUGCAGGAGGAGGAUGGAGAGGUGGCCAUGGUGCUUCUAGGCAGGCCCUCGCCAGAUGCCAUGGGCCCUGAGGAGGUGACGCUGUGCAGCAGCCGCCGCCCGCUGCGGCCAGGGCGUCGUGGCCUCGGCCCAGUGCCCUCCUAGAGGGUCAGAGCCCCUCCCCUGGGCUUGGGGUGGGGGCCCUGCCAGCUACAACACCACCCUUACCCCAAGUCUUCUAACCUGGGUGUUAGCAUUUUAGAGACCCCUCAGGAGCCCGGCUGCUGACUGACUGCCCCGCCCCAGCCGGGCCUCUCGGCAAGACUGUAACUAGUGAUGUUUGUACAACCAAAGACUCUAUUUUGUGGUUU